GUUGCAGACAUCUGACGUCGGUGCUCGCUCGGCGAAGCGGAAUUACGUAAAUGGAGAGCGACGCGAGGUUAGAUGGUGUAAUGUUCGAGAUGACCUUGCUUUCGGGACGCUUUUGACUGAGGAGCGAACCAUCGCGGGCGAGGUCGCUUGACUGAACGGACCGCCCGCAUCUUCUUACGAACGAACUCAGCUGCGCCAUGGCAAUCACGCCUCGCUCCACCAGAUCGGCAACACGGUCAUCUCCUCGAUCUAUCAAGUCGGCCAAAUCUGCCUCGUCGAAACCGUCGACGCCGCUGAAGAAAGUCACAACAGCCAAGACGUCUGGAAAGAAGGCGCCGACGGCAAGAACUUCGCCGUAUUUCCAAAAGACUUCAAAGCAGGUCAAGGGCAAAGGCAAGCGGACGAAACGCCAAGCGGAGGAGGAUGGAUCUGAGGAUGACGGCGAUCGUGCAGACAGUCCGACGGGAAUGACCGAAACGCCUUCAUCUUCCGACGCGGAGGAUUCAGAGGAUGAUUUCAACCUCGAAUCUGAUGACGCAGAAGAGCCCGAGGAGGAGAUUGAGUCGGACGUGGACAGUGAUUUCUUGGAUGAGGAGGACGUCCCGGUGAAGAAGAAGAGUAGACCGAGUAAUGGAUCUGGCAAAGUUCCUACCAGCUCUAGCAAAGGCAAGGGUAAGGCAAAAAGGGUGGAAAUUGAUGGCUACGAGGACGAGGAGGAAGAAGAAGAUAUGGAGGUCGAACUCGAAGAAGGACAGGAGAUAGCAGGAAGGAUAUACCCUGCGCCAAAGACAGGCCAGGUGCCCCCGGGACAGAUAUCUCAGAACACUCUCAACUUCCUCAAGAACCUCCAGAUACCAGAACGGAACGAUAGGGACUGGUUCAGAUCACAUGAGCCUGCGUUUAGACAAGCGGAGAACGAAUGGAAAGCAUUUGUGACCCAGGUACAGAUGAAGUUCCAGGAAGGCGACCACGAAGUGCCGAUACUGCCGCCGAAAGACGUGAUACAUCGGAUCUAUCGUGACGUACGAUUCUCAUCCGACAAGACGCCAUAUAAGAAAUCCUUUUCUCUCUCCACAUCUCGCGGCGGUCGGAAAGGCAUCUGGGCAGGAUAUCACCUGUCCAUCUCGCCAAAUGAUAAGUCCAUUCUAGCAUGCGGUACAUGGCAACCGGGAAAGAACGAACUUGCCUCGAUCCGCCAUCGAUUCUUGACGGACCCUGAAUUGUUUCGAGAGGUCAUUUCAGCCCCGGAAUUCGUCGAGCAUUUCGGGCCGCCGAAACCGCAUCCAAAGGGCAAGAGGCAGAAUGUCUUCGGUCAUGACGACGCCCUGAAGGUCGCACCGAAGGGGGUGGAUAAGAGUCACAAGGAUAUUGAUUUGCUCAAGUUGAGGAGCAUUGCUGUAAUUCAUCAUUUCUCGGAUAACGAAGUCCUCAAGAAGGACUUCCAAGAUCAAGUUGGAGAACUGGUACGCGUCAUGGCCCCUUUUGUACAUUUAUUGAACGAUUUUAUCUCUGUUCCGGCCGGCGAUAAUGAUGACGAUGACGAGGAUGAGAACGGGAACGAGGAUGACGACUGAAGGGCCGUCGACGUUCUGCAUGCAAUGUCCGUUUCUUGUUUAGAGCUUGACUUUCUCCUUGAUCUCCUCCACAGGUCCCUUCUUGGCGGCCUGCAGGGACAAGUAGGCGUUCCAUGGAAUGUUGACAGCGUUGAUGACGAGCAGUCUGUAUUGCAGGGGAACAAACUGGAAGAUUUAGCAGGAGCAGAUGGAAAUCGACUCACGGCCUGUUAUGAAGAGCAGCGGUUAGCUAGCGCUUUGCGUCGGAAGAUGAUAACUCACCAUGUUGAUCAGCUGGGU